AGCAAAACUCAAAACUCAAGCGCUCACUGUGACUCUCCAAAUCGGGGCACUCCACGAGGUGAUCGACGAGCAUCGAUUGAAAACAAUAAGAAUUAAUCACUGCUCACGGUGUCGAUAUAUAAUUUCGGUUCACUUGUUGCGUGUCCGCGAGGCGUGCGGGUGCGCAAACGCGAAAAUGCGCGCCUAACGCGCUUUUCCCUCGGCGGCUACGAAUUAUUUCGGAUGGGAUUAUCAGACGCGACACAUGUGAAGUGAAUUUAUUCAAUCAAAAUAUUUGUAAUAUAUAUAUACGCAGAGAAAAUAAACACAGUGUUAAAUUAUGUUAAAUUGUGUUGUGAUAUUUAAUGUUGUGAGUUGUGAUUGAGUUAAAAUUUGAAUAAUAAUUUGGGAUAGAAUUAAAUUAAAUUAAACUGGCUUGUGUGAUUGUGAUUGAAAGGUGCGUAGUGCACCUUGAAGUUUAUUCGUACGUCGAACGGUGGAAAGUCUAUGAUCAGUGGCGAUAGCAAUCGGUGUGCACAAUGUUCACGAUCGGUGAUAAUAUUGGAUUUAAAAUGAGAGGGACACUUGAUGUGAUAAGGUUUCUCGUCAUCUGUGGGGUAGUUUUGCCAAUUCAGGUGAGCAUGGGUGUUUCUUGCGUGCUGAGUGUUCAACCGGUGGAGAAUAAAAGCGAGCAGUAUUGCAUCGAUCUCAAUGUUACGUGGGAGAUUAGCGAUUUGGGUACUUUCAACGAAACGAUAAUUCCUGGACGUUUUACCGUCGCCGAUAAUAGCCCACCGACUUGUUCUCUAGCCGCCACCUAUGCACCAGUCAAUUUUCCACUGAAUUCUGUUAGUAAUAUAAUAGGAUGCAAAAGUACACGCAUGCGUAUUCUGGCCGCAUGCAGCUACGAGUUACAUUUCCGACAAAUAAACUGUAGUCAUCACUUUGACAUUCCAAGAUGUGUGGGAGAUGUAUGCGACUGCAGCCACAUAUCCUCCAGUGCAACCAAAGUGAACAUCACUGCCCACAGCGAUGAUGAAUUUACCUUAGAAUGGACCAAGGAAGGCAAUAAUACUCUCACGGAGAUUAUUCUAGAGCAGUACACAACUGAAGGAGGUCUGGUUGCCCAAGACCACUUCCCAAUAGAAGAUCAAAGCAUUACUCACAUAACACGAUCAAUACCAGGAAUAAUUAGUUCAAAUUUAUCAAAAUGUUUCGACUUUAUCUUCGAGAAACAAUGCAAACAACCAGAUCCAUUCUGUCCAAAAACAAUUCCACGCAUAGAAACCCACAGUCUACAUAUAAUCAUCGUAAUUGUUGUAUUUGCAUCAGCAAUCGCCAUAGUCCUCUUUUAUUUUGUAUAUAGCACACGUAAAAGUGUCACAGGAUCACUCACAAUCACUGGAGAACAUUCAGUGCCCUUGCAUGCUAUGCCAACUACAGUAACAAAUAUUCUAUAUCCCUUAUUACAAGACAAUGAUGAUCCAUUGGAGAUUCCUUACAAUCAAUUAACAAUGAUCAAAGAAAUUGAUGCGGGGUAUUUCGGAGUGGUUUAUGAAGGCGGUUCUUAUGCCACGGUAUAGUGCAGCUAUACGCGUUGCAGUUAAACAACUUCGAUCGACGUUUAGUGAUGAACAUGACGCGUUUAUCGACGAAAUGAAAACGAUGCAAUUAAUUGGGCAUCAUCCGCAUGUAGUACAAUUGAUUGGUUACUGCAAAGUGCAGAAACCUUUGGCGAUUGUCAUGGAACUCAUCACUUGUGGAAGUUUGAAGAGUUAUCUUGUCGGAUUGCGUGAAACAUGGAAUAAUGGUUCUAUUAGUAAUAUGGCGGAGGAUUAUAUCGGAUAUCCUAGUGGAGAGAAAAAUUAUCUUGGGGAUAAUUAUCCUCCUAGUCCGAAAAGACUCACUUCAGUAUCAACUCAAUACACAACAUUAUCAAACUCACCCCCAGCAUCCCCAACGAGCGACUGCUGCUCCUUCUCGAAUCUUGUCUACGUGCUAGACAACAAAGAACUACAAAGUUUCGCACUGCAAAUCGCCAAAGGCAUGGCCUAUCUAGAAAGUAUCCCAGUGACACAUCGUGAUCUCGCCGCCCGAAAUAUCCUCAUAAACGAGGGUAAAAUGUUAAAAAUCUCCGAUUUUGGCAUGUCGCGUCCCGGACCUUACGUCUCGCAACGCACACAACGCUUCCCAAUGCGUUGGAUGGCAAUGGAAGCAUUAGACAAUCUACGCACGGACAGCAGGAGUGACGUAUGGUCAUACGGAGUAGUAUUAUGGGAGAUAGGUACAUUGGGCGCAAUGCCCUACACGGAAUUACCUGAUGCAUUGGUGCAGGUGCGCCUGAAGGAGGGCUAUAGAUUACAGCGGCCUAUUAUCUGCACGGAUGAGUUGUAUGAGUUAAUGCUGCGGUGUUGGAAUGCAGACGCUGAUGAACGCCCGACAUUCGCUGAGAUCGCUGUGAUGUUAGAGAAGACAAUGACGAGUGCGUAUGUGGACUUCGGGAAAGUGGAUAAGAACUAUGUGUUUCCGUCAAUGGCGGAGCCGAAUUAAUUUUUGCGAUGGUAAACAACUUUUGUUUUAAAAAAGUUUGGGUAGUACCAAGAUCAGCCGCUAGGGGCUGACGCUAAAAUAUUAAACUCAGUUUUACGUACAUCAUUUAAUUUAAAAGUAAUUUAAUUCAAAGAAAAUAAUUUAAAACUGUAUUAUGUAGUAUUAUUUCACAACAUGCAUUAAUAAAAUGUAUUUUUUAUUAA